CAACCUGGUCUGGUGAAAAGUGUCCCUGCCCAUGGCAGGGGGUGGGAUUACGAGACCUUUAAGAUCACCUCCAACCCAAACCAUUCAAUGAUUCUGUGCUGUGUCCAGGUGCUGGGAAGCAAAGGGGACUCAUUGCAGCUCCCUAAAGCCUUGCUGGAUUGAGCUGCUGAGAGGUUUCAAAGCAAAAGGGUCCCUGGCCCUGUAGAGCGAGGGUGCUCUGCUGGGGAGUGGGAUGGUCAGGGUAAGAGAUCCCAGGGACAGCUCUGGAACAGUGGGUUGGGUCUGCUGGUCACUCAGAUGAAGGGGGGAUGGUUGGUGGAUGUGGGGCGAUGGAUCUCUGGGUUAAUGCUGGAUGCUGCUGUGACUUUGGAGCACCCUCUGGAGCUGCAGGGGGGACAUGUCAUUUGUCAUUUCUUGGCUCUGGGAUGUUUCUGCUCUCCUCUCCUCCAGUUAAUCACGUCACAUUAACGUUCCUGACAUGUCUCUGGAUCAGGGUACGCUCCUGACUCCAGCCCCAGGCUGUUGCCCUGGCAGUCACAACAGGACAAUGGUAAAAUUUGGUUAUAUAUCGUGCAACUGUGUGCUGCCUAAAUGGGCUUUAAUCACAUUUGUUGUUAGUCACUCCAGCAUGUAGAUGUCUGUGCAGGGAAGAUAAGUGCCCUGGGCUGAGUGUCCAGGCUAUAAUCAGGAAAGACCUGGGUUCUCCUGGGGCAUGGGCCACCUCACCCUAAUGUGGGCACCCAAAAUAGAGCAGAGAGCCAUCCCUGGUCCUCAAACCAGCUCCUGGAUGGGGCGUUUCUCACCUCCCUGAAAGACUGUUUAGUAACUUCCCUCCUGGAAGGAAACCUUAACACAGUUUUGAGCCUUCCCUGGAUUGUCUGUGUCCCACAGAUGCAAUGGAUGAUGAUGGUUUCCACAUCCAAACCCAUGGUUGCCACUCAGGGCUGAGCCAGUCCAACCAACUUGGGCGCUGUAGCCCCGACCAGGGAUGUCUUGCAGAGCUCUCCCUCCCCCCAGGCACUUGCCACAUCCUACCCUCCUUUUGCAGUGCCUAAUUACUUUCUACUGUGGGAGGACUUGGCAAACGUGCUGGAGUUGUUCAUCCAGCCUCUGCAAUUUGCUCUGGUAUUUAUAAACACGGUGAGGAUGUGAUUUGUGAUGCAAGGGCAGGUCGGUGUGGGAGCUUUGGGAUGAGUAAUGCCUUCCUCUCUGCGCAUCCCAGCUGUAGAAAAGGACCGGAAAACCACGUGGAGGGGAAAAGUGAGUCCUCCUUAGGUGGUAGAAGCUUACAGAGGGCAAGGAGAGAGGUCUUGCUGGAAGGGACAAGACCACCCCAAGGUCCAGAACACGAGCCCGAUGCCGACGAGUUUCCUCGGCAGUGCCCUCCGGGGCACUUUCUUCUUCGCCUUUGGUCUCUGGUGGUCCGUGAGGUACCCCCUGAAGUACCUGAGGAAGAAAGGUGAUGCUGAGGGCCAGCCAAGCUCUGGGACCCAGCGUGCAGAGAUCUUUGAGGGGGCUCUCAAAGCUCUCUUUGCUCUAGUAGGGAUCCUGGUGGAGCAGUUUGUCCCCACCGGUCCCCACCUGCAGCUGUACAGCCCCAAGACGCACAGCUGGACAGACCUCACCCACUGGCACUACUCCACCAUCUACCUUUUCUUCCUCCUCUCUGGAAUCAUGGACAUGGUCUCGCAGUCCCGGCUCAAGCUGCCGCCCGGCCUGGACCGGCUCUCGCUGUCCAUGGCUCUGUUCAUCGAAGGUUUGCUCUUCUGUUUCCGUGACUACAGUGAUGCUGCACUGGACCACCACCUCCACUCCCUGCUGGCCAUGGCCAUCUUUGCUGGAGCCCUCUGUGCCCUCCUGGAGGUGUUCCUCCGAGACCACAUCAUCCUGGAGACCUUCAGGACCAGCUCCUUCCUUCUGCAGGGCUCUUGGCUUUGGCAGAUUGGGUUUGUGCUGUCCCCUCCCUGGGGAGGACCAGGCUGGGAUCAGAGCGAUCCCAGCAACCUGACCUUCCUCACCAUGUGCUUCUGCUGGCACUACCUGGGCGCUCUCGCCGUUGUGGGCACCAACGCGGCUGCAUCCCGCUGCUGCAACGAGUCCUGCCAGUUGAAGUUCGGGGACAUCGACGUGGAGCUGGACUGUGGUUUGUGCCUGCGCAGAGGCACCAAGGGCUCCCGCAGUGCCCUGCUGCCUGAGAGCAGCUUGGAUGACAAAUGAGGCCCUGGCAGGCAUGAAAAUUUCUUCCAUGCUGGCUUUGAGCUCUUGAGAUGAGGUUUUUAAUUAGUCUUGAUAAACUACAGUGGCACUUGAUGGAGGAGCAUCGGAAGUGGGAGGCAGUACCCUGAGGCAGAGCACAGCAGGAGUUGUGAAGCCUUUUCUGUGCAUCCCUUUGGUCACAAGAGCAAACCAGACUUGUCUGGGAUGGAGGUUUUAAUCCUCAGUGCUGCAGCUCAGACUGCAGGGCUGGUUUGCUGGUGGGGUCCAGCUUGGUGUGGCCAAUCUGGCUAUUUUUUUAACAUUACUUUCACUUCUGCUUCUUCAGAAGGGAGCUGAGCCAGUGUUCAAAGCUCCUGGUGGCUGUUGCUCACUCUGGUGUUAAUGGAGAGGUUUUUGUACAAAGCUUAAUGUGCAGAGUAUCCAAUAAAGUACUUUAACACACCA